UCCCCUUCCCCCUCUCCCAGGGCCGUUGGUUCAGUCCCGGAGCUUAAAAAGGCUCCUGGAGGACGCACUCCUUGGAGUUGGUCUGUGCCCAGCUGCUUGAGGUUUCUCCCGGAGCCAGGGAGGCUGUGUGCGCGCCAGGGGUAACGGGUGUGUCUGUGUGUGCCGGUGCGCUCGUGGGCUCCCAGCCCGCAGCCAGGCCCUGCACCUGCCCGGCAGCCGGCAGCCAGCAGCCGCAGUGAGAGGUGUGCGCCGGCCUGCCCAGGAGAUGGAGCCGACCGAGGUGCUGAAGCCGCGGAGCCUGACGGACCUCAUCCGCAUCCUGCACCAGCUCUUCGCUGGCGACGAGGUCAACGUGGAGGAGGUGCAGGCCGUCCUGGAGGCCUAUGAGAGCGACCCCGCAGAAUGGGCGCUCUAUGCCAAGUUCGACCAGUACCGAUAUACCCGAAAUCUUGUGGAUCAAGGAAAUGGAAAAUUUAAUCUGAUGAUUCUGUGCUGGGGUGAGGGUCAUGGCAGCAGCAUCCACGACCACACCGACUCCCACUGCUUCCUAAAGAUGCUGCAGGGAAAUCUCAAGGAGACCCUCUUUGCCUGGCCAGACCGAAAGUCCAACGAGAUGACCAAGAAGUCCGAAAGAACCUUGAGGGAGAACCAGUGUGCCUACAUCAACGAUUCUAUCGGCUUGCACCGGGUGGAGAAUGUGAGCCACACGGAGCCUGCCGUGAGCCUGCACCUGUACAGCCCGCCCUUCGACACGUGCCACGCCUUUGACCAAAGAACAGGACACAAAAACAAGGUCACCAUGACAUUCCAUAGCAAGUUUGGAAUCAAGACUCCGUUUAUGACUUCAGGUUCGCUGGAGAACAACUGAGGAGCAGCAGCAGCCCCCGCUCCCCUGCCCACUCCGUGCUGUGAGGUCCCACGAAGGCGUGCCCAGCAGGAAAGCCUCCCACUUGGGUCUCCCGCAAAGCAGAUGCCAUUAGCUAUGUCUGAGAUCCUGCAAAGGACAUUUCUCCCUGAAGAGAGAGAGAAACGCAGUCUUGUGAUUUAAAAGACCAAAUCAAACACUCUCCCUGUUCUUUCUCUGAGUCCAU